AUGGGAGAGCUGGAUAAAUCAAUCUUGUCCGCCUCCUGCAGCAAAAUCAAACCACCCACAUUCAGGUCUUGCUCGCACUCUGGUGAAAUCAUCAGAGUAACCUGCGACGAUGACCUGACGUUGAAAUGGCUAAAAACCAAGGUACCGACCUUAAAAACAUGGAAAGGAGCAACACUCGCAGUUGUAGGGAUCGACGAGCUCCCCAAGCUCACCAAAGCCUGCUCUCUCUGGAUCCCAGGGGAAGCGCAAGCUGACCUUGACGAGAAAGAGAUUAUACUUAGGCGACUUGAGAGGCAAAACCCAAACUUGCAUGUAGCGAAAUGA